ACCUAGACCCAUCAGAUCCUCUCCUGAUAAUUAAACAAGUUAGUCGAUAUGUACCGUACCUAUUCCCCUGGCCCGAACGAGCAGUUGUGAUAAACGUGGGCGAUGACCAUGUUAGUGGUUAACUUAUUAUUAUGCACACAAUUCAAGACUCAAUUCUCAGGGCCAGCUUCUGCCCAUCCACUCAGUUUAGUUCAGUUCAGCUCAGCUCGACACCAACCUACUAGCAAGAGUGCUCUCCUCUACGUGUGGCCGUGCGGGAUGGCCCAGGAUAUUAUCCAAAGUCGCUACACCCAGUACCACACUGGAACGGGGACCUGCAGGACUUACUGUAACCCGUCAACAACAGCAAUAAAACAUGCUUAGAACGUUCAAGAUCUCAUCUCUGUAGUAAAGUUUACCAGAAAAGAGCUCCCUCUCGCCUCAGAAAUAGGCGCUAUGUUAUCAUAAAGUCAAUAUCGGGCCCGAACCAACGGGACAGGCCUCGGAGCCCCGGAUCCAUCAGGUUGGCUGGCACCUUUUGCCCCUCCAAAAGGCUGACUACCUUAGCACUAGGACGAGAUGCUGCGACAAAAAAAAAGGUCGGGCAUUUUCCUACGUGCCGGGACUGAGCGGAGAAGAGGGCCGUACAAUGGCUCCCGGGUCCACGGUACCUCUACAGAGACAAUGAAACCUUACAAGCCUGGUGUUUGCAAAUGUCUUGGACAUUGUCCAUCUCGAGACUUCGAUCUCAAUAUCCAUCUACAUAUUACGUGGUCUCGUCUCACCACUCACACGGCUCUGACGCCGCCCGCACCGGAACUCAUUGUCUCUGCUUUACAGCUUGGCUGGCCCAUGUCGUCACUGCAGCUUGUCAGCUCAAGUUAUCCAGCCACUUUUUGGUAUAAGGCGAGCUACGUUCUCAAUUGUCUACGCGUUGCUGCAGAAUACCAGGUCCUCGGUACCUCAUGUGCCUGCUUGCUUGAGCGACAAAAGUACGGUCCAGGCAUCUCAUUGCUUGCUGGUCAAACUCAGUUCCCUUCUCGCAGCUCAACUUUAGUCAACGGGAUAUGCAGCGGAGGGCACAACAAAUACUCAUCAAUGCUCGUCUCUCCCUUGUCACAUAUCUCUUUAGCAUAUUCUUGAGUAUUGGCGAUCUAACUCUAGACUCUCUUAUGGUUCCAACUACUCAGUCAAUACAUACUGCCCGUGCUUCAGGAACAAAGCAUAGCCGAACGCCUUGACAUCACCAUCUCCAUCUUCAUGUCUGUCUGGUUUAAAAGACCAGGUGGCUCUUCGAGCUCGGUCCAAAGUCUAGUCAUCGUUCCCGGCGCUUCAGGUAAUAGCCUACCCUCUCCUCGGGACAUGCCCAUGCGUCGAUGUUUGCUCAACCUCCUACUCUGCCAGUGGGUGCUAAUUACAGCAACAUGUGCCUGACGCCUCAUACGCGUUGCCUUGUGUUGGGGGCUGAUGUAAGGAGGAUCGGCAACGAGGGCUACGUCCUUUGCGCUUGUGGUGUUGGGAAGUGGUUAUAAAUAGACAAUAUCAUGAUCGUCACAUCUUAGCAAGACCAGAGAUCUAGCUGGGGCUCAAUGAUACAUGGCACGCAUUGAAGUGGGACGAGAGCCCCGACAACACGGUCUAUAUUUGUGCUCUGAUGCUGGUUACUCGAAGUGAGCUCGGGGUAUCCCUUUGACUAAUGGUAGUUUCAAUGCCCCAAGUGAUGUGGUGUAGUCAGUCCGUCAUUUCUUCAUAGCUGCAGAAUGAGGCUUUCUUCUGGGUACCACCAAA